AUGUGCGCCUGUGUUUCUCUUGUUCGCCUAUCUCUCUGCCCUCUCAGAUCUGGUUUUCUCUCUAUAUAUGCGUAUUCUUCUACCAUUUCCAAAUCCGAUGGCGGCUUUCCUCAUGGCGGGAUACCCGGUGGCAGGACUCGGCAAAUGACGACGCAACAACUUGCCCUCCUCUUCAACAUCACAGACGAAGACGAGGAUGCUAUCUAUCUAGGCAUGACUAGCGCGGAAGUGAGGGAAAGGCUUUCCUCACCCACGUUCCGGAAUUACCGGAGCGGUCUAUAUAACCAAGUCCCGGAGGACUUCGUCAUGUCCUGGUUGCGAGCUCAAACACAGCUCCACCAAAUCAACAAUGUCGGUUCCACGAUCUCUCGAAAACAGUCAUCUGAGAAUCAAAUAUCAUACGUGAUAAUGGGCGAGGCGUUUGGUGGACUCUGCGAUCUCGACGGCAUUACGGAGAGACCGGUUAGGGGUUUGGAGUUGGAGGCAAAGUGA